UAUCGCAGACUUCUGUAUGUGAGACUAACUUAAUUGCGUUCUUCGCAGACAGCUUACCGAUAGUAUAUAACCGAUGCGCGGUCGAUCUUUCUCUUCAAACGUUGAUUAAGAGAGCGAGCAAGAACUGGAAAGCCAGCUGCAAUCAGGACAUUCGCGUGACAGGAAGAAAAGAACUGCUAUACGAUGAGAUUGACAUUGACGCUUGUUUUAUUGGCUGCCUUGCUGAGUUUGAGCAACGCGCGAGCUCGACAGCACGCAAAUGUUAUAUUAAAUUCCACCGUUCAACCAAUUAAUCAACCUGAUUACACGCAAUCGCACAAAUCCCCGGAUAACGAGUGGGACAUCAAGCGAGUGCAGAUUCACAAUCAAAUUGGAUUAGAUGGUAAAGUGCGAAAAAUUCAGCUGGAUUCCGGUGAGGAGGAUAAACCGGGCAUUCGGGCAUACGGUUUACCGAAAAAAAAUCUGCAAGACAAUGGUGCUAUCGAGAGAUUGCAUCUCGGAGAGGAUCACAUUGAUGACACUUUGAAAAGUGGUCGAUUGGUGGAAGCCUACGGAAUACCGAAAAACAAUAUGGAGACCAACGGCUUUAUAGAAAGACUGCCAUUGUCAAACACACGUCGCCAAUCGGCUAAGUUAGGAUCAGAAAAUGAAAGUAUUAGGAUAAAUAGAUCUGUUCGUAUGGGUUCCGAAAACAAAGUCGAAGAGAAGGUUGCUAGCGAGGCAGAAGAUAUGGUGGCACAAGAUUCCAAAGUCUUCAGACCACUCUUCGUUUACAGACAGCAAGUAGCUGCCAGGGAAAGACGGAAGCAUGCGAGAAACAUAGCACAUAGAAAUCACCGACAAGCAACACAACGACCUUGUUAUCAUCGACAAGUGACCUACUGAUUUUAUUGAGGAAAACGUGAAUAUUGACAUAUUCUUCAUUCUCUGCUAAAGCAAAAUUGAUUAGAUUCAUAGAUUUAAACAACACAUUCUUAUUUCUUAGACAAUACGUAAAAAAUAUCUUAAAAAUAUUUAAAAAAAUUUUAUUUUUUUAGAUUUCCUUAAACUGUCUUUAUACUCUUUUAGACGUUUUAUUUUUAUAUAAAAUAAAAUUUUGGUUUUAUAAGAAAUUUAUAUUUUACAAAAUCUAUUAUGAAUUGUUUAAAUUUGAUUUUAUGUAUUGUUGAAUUUUUUAUAUCCUCAAUUAUGCUUAAAUAAUUGCAUUUAACUAUAAAUGUAGUAAUAUAACCCAACGCUUAUUACACAUUACUAGAAGUAAAAUUGCAUUAGACACGAUAAAUUUUAGAAGUAAUAUUUCGCAUUUAUGUAGAAUAAAAUUAUGACCUUUUGCACUAAGCCAAAAAGUAUUAUAUAAAUAAGUAUAUAUAUUUUUUAAUAGUUGAUAAUAUUCUAAACUUGCGUUAAAUUAAUUAUUGUGUUAUUUUAAACUUUGUAUAUUUGCAUGUAUUAAAUGUUACUGCAUUUAAAGUGCUAUUAAAUAAAUUUUGAAUAUUAUGUAA